AGUGGAAGACGGUAAAAAUUACACACUGAGGGUCCGCGGCUACGACGCCGAGGGCAGCUCUGCCGGCGACCCCCUCUCCUACCUCGACGGCAAGCAGUUCUCGACCAUCGAUCGUGAUCGUGAUUUAGGCGACGGAAGCUGCUCGGAGAGGCACGGUGGCGGUGGCUGGUGGUACCACAGCUGCUAUAAAGCGAACCCUACAGGCGUGUGGGCCGGCGACAGGCAUGCCGAGGUUACCGCUGGAGCUUUCUUGGCCUGGAAUACUGUCUACCAGACGCAAGUCACUCAACUCACCCUCAUGAUCAGACCCAAGGAUUAA